AUGCAUGGCUUGGUGGGAGAGUGCUGUGCCGCGUUGCUGCAAGCAUCUGCAAGCGCUGUACAUGUCCAGGUCCAAAUCAACAACGAGACCAAGAUGGUUUUCUCGCAGCAGACCAUUCUCGAGUCCUCCAUCAAAGACUUCGCGAUGCGCAUCCCCUUCAACUGCCGCGCCGGCAUUUGUGGCGCCUGCGAGGCACUGCACCAAGGCAAGCGCGUCAAGACCUGUUACACUCCGGUCAAGGAUGGGAUGCGAAUAGUCACUCUGGACCACGAAAUGAACAUGCUGCGGCAAGGCACCGCCGAUGAAUGA